AUGGUGCAGUAUGUGUUUACGCCCUGGAGGGACCGCCAGGAGCUGCUCCUUGUGCGGGAGCAGUUCUACGGUUCCGGGGCGUUGACGCAGCCGGUUGGUGCAUCGGGUCGCAUCCAGGGCGAGGAGGGGCAGGGCUUGAAUCAGGGGGACGCACGACGGGGCACUACUGCUGCGGCUGCGGCUGCAAGUACGAAUCGCCAGGCAUCACGAGAGCAGGCGGACGGAGAGAAGCACAAGGCCGUGGGGCGAGUGUCCAUGUGGAUGCAGCGCGGCAACUGUCCGCACAUGGUGGAGUCGACGGCCCUGCUCAUGGCUGCCGUCCUGAGCGACGAGGCCGCGGCCGCGGGCAAUGCAGGAGCAUCGACGUAUGCUGUGAGGGCUGCAUAUGCAGCCGCGUUUAGUCGCUUUGUCACCGGCCUGUUGGAUGGGCAUCAGGACAAACUGCGCAAGCAGAGCAUGUACUCCAUCGCCAAGAACAUUGGCUUGCCGGCAACCUUUGUAGAGCUUAGGCACCAGGCGACGCAUGAGCAGCUGCCUUCGCUGGCCAAGCUGCGGUCAGCCGCAAGGAAAGCGCUCGACUGGAUUUGGGACUACUACUGGAAGCACCUAGGAGAGGCGGAGAAGGCCAAGGAUCCCUGCGACAUGGCGGCUAUGGCCAACGAGGCGAGUGGCCUGGAGCCGGAGAACAGGCAAGCGUCGGAGGACGAGGGUCAGGAACAAGGGCUGGAACAGGAACAGGAUGCGGACCGGAGCCCGGAGCCGACGACGGGAUGGUCCCGGUAUAGCGGCGUCUGGAAGCCGAAGCCUAUCGGCGUUGUGUGA